AAGGAUCGAUCGCAAUGAUCUGCUACACCGAAAUUCAUUCUUUGAAAGGCGCAUUCUACUUUUAAAAACAGUGACAACACGCCUCAGCUGAUAAGUUUUCUUACCAUCUAUUAUUUUCGAUAACAAAGGUGAGUUAUUCCAUUCUUUCGCGCAAAAUGAGCGAUUCUCGUUCGAGCGAUCCAUGAAGCGGUGGACCGGAAGUUUGUUUUUGGAUCAACCGGGACCUCUUGUUCCAGCGGGGUCUUUUGAGGGACGGGAAAGUAAUUUCCCGUAAUAAAUAUUCAAUUAGGACAUGUAGCUGCCGUUUGCAUAAUUUUCAACCAAACCUCCCAAACGGCGUCCCUCGACCACUUCCCAUUGGCCCUCAGCUCCAUAAAAUCUUGUUCAAAGGCCCCAUCCUUCUUAUGAACGGGCAAUGAACAUCAACUCCAGAAUCUCCAACUCCAACAAUGAUUCAAACCAAGAAGAUGAAGAAGAGACGGCCGAAGACAGAGCUCGCUGUGAAUGGGACUUCCACCUCGCCACCAUCAUCUCCCCUUCAACCACAAGAGAAGUCUCCGACGUCAUCGGCGCCAUCGAGUUUGACCCCACCGGCCACCUUUUAGCCACCGGUGGCAUCUCUAGAAAGAUAAGAAUCUAUGCUCUCAGCUCUUUACCAUCACCACACGGAUGCAAUCUGACGACGAGCUUUUCCGACCACUCCACCGCCUGCAAAUUCUAUAUCUGCACGCCGGCCAAGCUAAGCAGCCUCCGGUGGCAGCCCGAUUCCGGCGGUCGCAUCAUCGGUUCGGGCGACUACGACGGCGUUGUGACCGAGUACGACGUCGAGCGCCGCGUCGCGAUUUUCGAACGCGACGAGCAUGACGGCCGGCGAGUGUGGAGCAUAGACUAUUCGAUCAAUGGGGAGCUCUGCGCGUCGGGUUCAGACGAUGGCACUGCGCAUAUAUGGGAUCGGAGGUGCAAUGGCGGCAGCGUGUGGGCAGCGAAAGCCGGCGGAGCAGUCUGCGGCGUGGAGUUCGACCCGGGGGGCGGGCCGUGGAUCGGCGUCGGGAGCGCCGACCGACAUGCGUAUGUGUACGAUAUUCGGGCGACGGCUGCGGCUGCGGGGCCGGUGGCGGUUUUAGGGGGGCACGGCCGGGCGGUGACGUAUGUUAGGUUCGCCACCGCCGGCGGCGGAGGGAGGGUGGUGACGUCGGGGACGGAUGGGACCCAUAGGCUGUGGAGUUGGGAGGAGGGGAGGGAGGUGAGGGUCUUCAGAGGGCACGUAAACAAACGGAGCUUUGUGGGGUUGUCGGUAUGGAGGGAAGGGGGAUUGGUGGGGAGCGGGUCGGAGAGCGGCGAGGUGUUCGUAUACGACCUCCGGUGGGGGGAGCCGGUCUGGGUGAGCCGGUGGGCGGGGGACCGGGCCGAUGCGGACCGGGGUUUCGUUAGCGCCGUCAGCUGGAGGCAGACGCCGGGGGAACGGGAGGGGAUGCUGGUGGCCGGGGGUUCGGAUGGGGUGCUGAAGGCGUUCGUCAGCAAGAGGAAGGAAGCCCGGCUAUGACUGAAUAUCUUUUUCUUUUUUCCUUUCCCCUUUCCUCCAAAGAUAACUGUUUGAGAAAAAGCAAUAAAAAAUGGUGAAUUUAGGAGAAGAUAGAUGUUUAGAUGAUUUGUUAAUGGCAUCAUGGAACUAACUUUAGGAGCUUGUCAUUAGAACUUUCUGCAAAAGAUGAGAGGUUUUGUAGCCAAACUGACCUGAACAAUUAUGGAAAAUCUGAUUUAAUCUAACAAUUAUGAAAAAUCCUGUGAGCCAAACUUCUGGUUACUAAC